UCCCUUUCGUCAUUCUUUCUUAGAGACUUGAACAGCCAUGGCCGUUUCUCUCCCUUCGAUUCCACCAAAACCUCCGUUUCUCUCCCUAAUUUGAAACGCUCUAAUUAAUAUCGGAACCCUAAUUUCCACGAUGGUGCUUGUUACCGGAGAUAGAUACGUAGAUUCACUUGUGAAAUUCGUGGAGAACAAUGUAGAGUCAUUGAUUGAAGGGACGUUGGUGUUGAAAUUGAAUCCAAUUGGGCUUCACUACGUGCACUCUAGGCUUGAAUCCUUGUCGGAGCUUGAGAGUCUUAUUUCAGGUGCACCUGUAGAUUAUUUGCGUGCUUAUGUAUCUGAUUUGGGUGACCAUCGUGCGCUUGAGCGGCUUCGACGGAUUCUUCGUCUCCUUGCGUCGCUCAAGGUGGUAUCUGUGCUUCCUCCUACUGGAAGGGAUCCUACGCCGUUGUCGCUUUUGCCUUUUGGUAGACUCAAGGUUUUGGAGCUUAGAGGAUGUGAUCUGUCAACCUCCGCUGCUAGAGGACUUUUGGAAUUAAGGCAUACCUUGGAAAAGUUGAUAUGUCAUAAUUCUACAGAUGCUCUUAAGCAUGUAUUUGCAAGUAGAAUUGCUGAUAUAAGAAAUUCUCCGCACUGGAAUCGGUUAUCGUUUAUAUCAUGUGCCUGCAAUGGCUUGGUUCUGAUGGACGAGUCCUUGCAACUUCUUCCUGCUGUUGAGACUCUUGAUUUGAGCAGAAACAAGUUUGCCAAGGUGGAUAAUCUGCGGAAGUGCACCAAAUUGAAGCACCUGGAUCUUGGGUUCAACCACCUGAGAAACAUUGUUUCCUUUAGUGGGGUCUCAUGCCAUAUUGUUAAGCUUGUUCUGAGGAACAAUGCUCUCACAACUUUGUGUGGAAUUGAAAAUUUGAAGUCACUUCAGGGACUUGAUGUUUCGUACAAUAUAAUCUCCAACCUCUUAGAGAUGGAAAUUCUUGUUGGUCUGUCAUCUCUUCAAAGCUUGUGGCUUGAGGGGAAUCCUCUAUGCUACUCUCGUUGGUAUAGAGCUCAAGUCUUCAGUUUCUUUCCUAGUCCAGAGAAGAUGGAGCUUGAUGAAAAGAAAAUCUGUAGAAGUGAGGCAUGGCAGCGGCAGAUUAUCAUUGCCAGUAGGCAAAAACGGCCUGCUAGCUUUGGAUUUUAUUCACCAGCAAGAGAUGGGGCCAAACUAGAAGGAAGUAUUUAUACAAAAAGGAAGAGGCUCUCACGCGUGGUUAGUAUUGAGACUGAAGAACAGAACACUUCCAUUUGCUCCGACAUAGAAUCUGUGUCUGUUGAUAUCGACAAUCAAAGCAAGGAGGAGAAUGCCAUUUCUGAUGAGGAAGCUGAAAUAGUUGAGUUGAUGAACCGAAUUGAAAAUAUGAAGAAGGAAAGAUCUGAUGAAUGGCUGCAGGAGUUCAAAGAUUGGAUAAAUGACUCUUCUGACAAUUUUAUUGGAGUUGCUAGAGGCAAAGAGACUAUUUCCAGUAACCACAGAGAUGAUAAAGUUAAGAACCAGACUAGAAACAAACAGCUAGGUGGGACCUCAAAAUAUGUAUCCGACUCAAUGCUGGCUUCUGGAGAUGACAGCAGCACAAAUAUACUAGAAUCUGACAAUUCAUUUGCAGAGACGUCCACUAAUAUCAGUAUGUUUCAUUACCCCAACCAAAUUGGUGAAGCAGCUUCCAUAUUUCCUUGCAAAUGCACAGGAAACUCCAUUCAGAUUACUAGAAGCCGACGUCAGGAUAAUUUUAGCCCUCUAAAUAAUGAAAUGCUUCUACAUCCAAAUACGAUGUUCCCUCAGUCUGAAUCCUUCUCAACCCAAUGGGGUUUUAAAAUGAGUGCUAAAAUCAAUAUUCCACCCGCUACUGAUGCUGAUAAUAUUUUGGAUUCUCGAUCAUCCUUGGCUAGCACAGGAUCACCUCCUCACUACAAGGAGGACAUUCUGCACAGACGCCAAAACUUGGAAGAAGAACUCCUGCAGAUGUCUGCUGACUCCUUCUCAGUUGCAUCUUCUGAUAGUGAUACAAGCUGUAGUGACGAUGAUUGCCCUGAUUUGACCUCAAUGCAUCUGGUUGAUAAGUCUCUUAUCGACAAUGUCUCAGAAAUGAGUGGGGAAAGCCGCUCACCAGUGCUUCUGUCCAUGGAUGUAUGCCAUGAAUUGUAUCCGAUUAAAAUAAAUUGUAGAUUCCCAGCACGUUUAGGCACUGAGGGAACCUCUGGUUGCACGGUGGUCAGAGAAUCAGGCACUUCCUCCCAGCAAGGACAUUUUUCUACUGACAAUAUAAGUGUAGAAAGUGUACAAGUUGUGAAGCAGGACGCUGAUUGGUUGGAAAAGAAAAAACGUCGUAGGACACCUGCAAGGAGAAUAAUCUCAUUGUGUGACGAACAUAAAGAAGCAGAACCUAAAAAAUCAAAUGUGGAUACAAAUGGUUUUCAAGACAGAGGGGUUGGAACAUUUAGCCAAAGUGAGAUGAGAAAAUCCCUUGAUAGUUGUGGGGCUGAGGAGCUAAUUAAGAAUUACUUUAACAACAAAGCUGCUAAUUCUGGAAUUGAUGAAUCUUGUCAGAGAUACAUGUUAUGCAACUGUUUGCUUGAAAAGGACUCUCAGUUCAGUGAAAGCAAGGUAGCUGUAACCUUGAGCAGUGAGCAUAAGUUACAUGUGCUACUCCUUGAAAACUCAUGUGAUGGGUCAGGUUCAAGAUUAAGAUUGGUUGGCUGUCAUGGUACACAACAGAUGAGAGAGAUUUUUGUGGGUUUGGGACUUCAGAUUGUAAGAGUGUGCUUUGAACGGGACACAACCUACCUCUUCGUGACCAGAAAUAUAGACGUAUCCAGAGAACUAUUAUCGAUAUUAGGGUUUACUGAUUCACAUGUGAUGGAAAAUAACUGUUCUCUGCGAAGUUUGGAGAAGGUUCAGGCUGAUCUGUUCGAAAGACAUGUCUGUGGAGGUUUGAAGAUGAGCAUUCUUCAGUAUUCAAUGGUGAUGUUCUGGUGCAACAAUUCGAAAGAGGAUUCAUGGAUGGGGAGAUCACUAUUUGUGCUUGGGAGGCAUCUACUUCUGUGCAUGGAAGAUGUAAUCCUGCUUGGUUCCCUUUCUGAGAGUGCAUCUUGCUCCUCCUAUUUCUCGUUGGACUCUUGUUGUUCCAUUGUCAGCGUGUCAGAAGUGGUAAUCGAAACCACAGAUUGCUAUUGCGUGACCUUGACUUUGGAAGGUGUCAUGUCCGAGUUCCCCCUUUCAUUGAAGGAGGGCAAGGUAGUCAAAAAUACGAAACUCAUGAAGAGAAAACCUGUCUCAGGUCCCCUGAAAUGGAAGCUAAAAUGGUUUUCAGAAGAAAGUCUCUUCAAGUUUGUGGCUUUAUUGAAAGCAUUACAUAGUGAAGCAACCACAAGUGCACUAUUUGUCUACUGUUAUUAAAGCGAGCAAAAUCUGUUUUGUUUUCUUUCUCAGUUCUUUUUUAUAUUCAUUUCAUUCUUUGGCCUGAUAUACUCUUCCUGUUCCCCUAGGCAGUGUUGUAUUUGCUUUCCUUUUAUUUCGGUUGUUGUGUUUUCCAUUCUUUGAUUUAUUGUGUAG